AGAAUUAAAAUAAAUUAUAAAGUACAAGUCAUGAGCAAAUUCAUAAGUAGAAUAAAAUAACCAAUGGAACUUGUGAUACCUUAUCAUCGAGAUACAUAAAUAGUAACGCGCGGACAUCGUGAACUAUUGACCUUCCAUUAGUUAAUUCGGUAAAUAGUAUUGAAAUAAAUUAAACAUGAGCACAGAAGCUAUCGCAUCGAAGCCAAAGACAGACGUGAUAUCUAAAAUGAAUAUACCAAAGAAUACCACAUCAAAAACAAAUGUUCAUAAAGUGACAAAAACUAUUGUUACAUCUCCGAAUAUUUAUAAACCAGUGGGACCAUACAGUCAAGCAAUUUUAGCAGACAAGACUUUGUAUGUGUCUGGUGUGCUGGGGAUGGACCCUGAGGCCCAGUUGGUGUGUGGUGGUGCCGAGGCCCAGACCCGACAGGCUCUCGAUAACCUCCGACAUGUGCUCGAAGCGGGUGGAGCUUCACUCGAGUCCGUUGUGAAAACAACUAUAUUACUUGGGAAUAUGGACGAUUUCCAAGCUGUAAACCAGGUUUACGCUGAAUAUUUCCCUAAAGACUGCCCGGCUCGCGCCACCUAUCAAGUAGGAAAGUUGCCGCUUGGCGCCGCGGUGGAGAUCGAAGCAAUCGCCCUAAGCGGCGACCUGGUGGUAGCAGAAGCAGGACCUUGUCCGUGCGCACGUACUUAGAUAACUUUGUCCGGUGUUUUUAAUGUGGAACCAACAAAUUAUAUGCAAAAAUCAAUAAUUCCAGAAACAAAUAAGUUUGUGCCUGUCUGUAAUUUUCUCAAUGUAUUUAUAUCCUCUCGUAAUAUACAAUUUUAAAAUCA